AUGUUUUCUUUACUUCUUUUGAGAAAUGUUUCGUUUUUGUCAAUUCCAACAACAAGACUCUCAAUGUCAUACAUCAGUGGUAAGAGCGGUUUGGCAUACUAUAAGACACCGAAUGCUGCGCUGAAAAUAUCCAAACAGUCUCUACAGCUGCAAAACCUUGUUUGUCAUACGGGUAAGCGUGAGUUUUCGGUGUCACUGACCGUAAUCGGUGGCGUGGCAGCGCGGCAAUGGUGGCUCAAUCGGACGCCCGAGACGAGGCAGCGGUACGUGAACGCGGCCUGGAUGCACCGCUUGGCCAUUGGCAUGACAGUGACCGUCGGACUAUGUCUGAUCGGAACGUUCCUAUCGUUUUACAUGGAACUUGACCCGUGGACUGACCUGUGGCGGCUGUUCAUUUUCAGCGACCGGACGUUCGAGGUAAGUGCUGACGAACAGGUGGCUAACACUCUGGCCGUGAUGAGCAAGUGCUGCCUCCUGGGAAUAGAACAUCCCACAUACAAGCGCGUGGCCAGCGUGGCGUCUCGGGUGCUGAACGCCAACAUCGAGGUGGACGAGAUCCGCAAGCGCCAGUGGAGUGUGGUGGUGGUGGACCACCCGAUGAUCAACGCGCUCGUCAUGGCGAACGGGUUCAUUUUCGUGUAUACCGGACUGACGGCCACGGCCAACGACGAUCAGCUUUCAAUUAUAGUCGGCCACGAGCUAGCGCACUGCUUGCUCCGGCACUUUAACCAUUUCGAAAGCGUCAACCUAGUCGUCCACUUUAUGUGCGCGUUGCCAUCGGCCGCGGUACUGUCGGCCGCGCUACCACUCCCUCUUGCGCUGUUUGCGGUCGUCGUGUGUCAACUCGUCUUGUAUGUGUGUGUGAAGCUGGGGACGCUGAGGGAACAAGAGGUGGAGGCCGACCGCGUCGGCUUGGAGCUGGCCGCGAACGCGUGCGUGGACAUCACUCAGGGUUACCGAUUCUGGGAAACACAGUCUAAGAUCAACGAUCCACCCACCCGGGCCUGGUGGCUGGAAACGCACCCAUCGGACAAGAGCCGGGCCCGACACUUGUUCAGCUUGAUACCUGCUACAAAGAAGCUCCAGAAACUGGCUGGAUGCUAUAUCUGA